AUGUCGCUUCCAUUAAAAACCAUAAUACAUUUGGUAAAACCUUUUGCUUGCACAGCUAGGUUUAGUGCGAGGUAUCCAAUUCAUGUUAUUGUCGUUGCUGUUUUAUUAAGUGCCGCUGCAUACUUAUCUGUAACGCAAUCUUAUCUUAAUGAAUGGAAACUGGACUCCAGCCAGUACUCCACGUAUUUAAGCAUCAAGCCAGACGAGCUUUUCGAAAAAUGUACGCAUUACUACAGAUCUCCCGUGUCCGAUACAUGGAAACUUCUCAGCUCUAAAGAAGCCGCCGAUAUUUAUACCCCUUUUCAUUAUUAUUUAUCCACUAUAAAUUUUCAAAGCAAGGACAAUUCGACAACAUUACCUUCCCUUGAUGAUGUUAUUUAUAGUGUAGAUUAUACCCGAUAUUUAUUGAGUGAGGAGCCAAAGAUACCAACUGAACUGGUGUCUGAGAACGGAACGAAAUGGAGGUUGAGGAACAACAGCAAUUUUAUCCUGGAUCUGCAUAAUAUCUACAGAAAUUUUGUCAAGCAGUUCUCCAAUAAAACCAGCGAAUUUGAUCAGUUUGAUCUGUUUAUUAUCUUAGCUGCCUACCUUACCCUUUUUUAUACCCUCUGUUGUCUGUUUAAUGAUAUGAGAAAAAUCGGGUCGAAAUUUUGGCUAAGCUUUUCUGUUCUUUCAAACUCUGCAUGUGCACUAUAUUUAUCACUGUACACCACCCAUAGUUUGUUGAAAAAACCGGCUUCUUUAUUAAGUUUGAUUAUUGGAUUACCAUUUAUCGUGGUAAUUAUUGGGUUUAAGCAUAAAGUUCGGCUCGCGGCUUUCUCACUACAAAAGUUCCACAGAACUAGUAUUGACAAGAAAAUAACAGUAAGCAACAUUAUUUAUGAGGCUAUUUUCCAAGAAGGUGCCUAUUUGAUUCGUGAUUACUUAUUCUAUAUUAGUUCCUUUAUUGGCUGUGCUAUUUAUGCAAGACACCUUCCCGGAUUGGUCAAUUUCUGCAUUUUGUCUACUUUUAUGCUAAUUUUCGACUUGGUUUUGUCUGCUACUUUCUAUUCAGCCAUACUGUCCAUGAAAUUAGAAAUAAACAUUAUCCACAGAUCCACUCUGAUUAGACAAACCUUGGAAGAAGACGGUGUUAUUCCAACGACAGCCGAUAUUAUAUAUAAGGACGAAACAGCCUCAGAGCCAAAUUUCUUAAGAUCCAAUGUGGCCAUACUUUUAGGGAAAGCUUCCGUCAUUGGUCUUCUACUUUUGAUCAACCUUUAUGUGUUUACAGAUAAGUUGAAUGCCACAAUACUGAACACAGUAUAUUUUGACUCCACAAUUUAUUCUUUGCCAAACUUUAUCAAUCAUAAGGAUAUUGGUAAUCUCAGUAAUCAGGUGAUCAUUUCUGUUUUGCCGAAACAGUAUUAUACCCCGCUGAAAAAAUACCACCAGAUUGAGGAUUCCGUCUUAGUUGUAAUUGAUUCCGUUAGUAAUGCUAUUCGGGAUCAAUUUAUCAGCAAGUUACUCUUUUUUGCAUUCGCAGUCAGUAUUUCCAUUAAUAUUUAUUUGCUAAAUGCUGCAAAAAUUCAUACUGGAUACAUGAACCUUCAACAACAGCCCAAAAAGAUCGAAGACCUUGUUGUGCAAAACCCAGCGACAUUUGAAUUCUCAGAAAUCCAAAGUGUACCAGCAUCUUCUGAACUAGAAAUUUCAAUGACUGCGAAUGACAUAUCGGUCUCACAAGAAAUUCAGAAUAAUGAAUGCUUCUACGCUUUAAGUUCCCAGGAUGAGCCUAUCCGUCCUUUAUCGAAUUUAGUGGAACUUAUGGAAAAAGAACAAUUAAAGAACUUAAACAAUACAGAAGUCUCGAAUCUUGUAGUAAACGGUAAACUGCCAUUAUACUCUCUCGAAAAAAAAUUAGAGGAUACUACACGUGCGGUUUUGGUUAGGAGAAAAGCGCUUUCUGUCUUGGCUGAAUCACCAAUUUUAGUUUCCGAAAAAUUACCAUUCAGAAAUUACGAUUAUGAUCGCGUAUUUGGUGCCUGUUGUGAAAACGUUAUUGGGUACAUGCCUGUGCCAGUCGGUGUAAUUGGACCGUUAAUUAUUGAUGGAACAUCUUACCACAUUCCUAUGGCUACUACCGAAGGCUGUUUAGUUGCGUCGGCUAUGCGUGGUUGUAAAGCUAUCAAUGCUGGUGGUGGUGCAACAACAGUUUUGACCAAGGAUGGUAUGACUAGAGGUCCAGUUGUUCGUUUCCCUACUUUGAUACGAUCGGGGGCAUGCAAAAUAUGGUUAGACUCAGAGGAGGGACAAAACACAAUUAAGAAAGCUUUCAAUUCUACAUCAAGGUUUGCACGUUUACAACAUAUUCAAACUUGUUUAGCGGGUGAUUUACUUUUCAUGAGAUUUAGAACAACCACUGGUGAUGCAAUGGGUAUGAACAUGAUAUCCAAAGGUGUCGAGUACUCAUUAAAACAAAUGGUUGAAGAGUAUGGUUGGGAGGAUAUGGAAGUUGUAUCUGUAUCUGGUAAUUAUUGUACCGAUAAAAAACCAGCCGCCAUUAACUGGAUUGAAGGUCGUGGUAAAAGUGUCGUUGCUGAAGCUACUAUUCCUGGCGAUGUAGUUAAAAACGUUUUAAAGAGCGAUGUUGCUGCAUUAGUUGAACUAAACAUUUCCAAGAACUUGGUUGGAUCUGCAAUGGCUGGAUCUGUUGGUGGUUUCAAUGCACAUGCAGCUAAUCUGGUCACCGCGCUUUUCAUGGCGUUAGGUCAAGAUCCGGCACAGAACGUAGAAAGUUCUAAUUGUAUAACUCUGAUGAAAGAAGUUGACGGAGAUUUAAGAAUUUCCGUCUCUAUGCCAUCUAUUGAAGUAGGUACGAUUGGUGGGGGGACUGUUUUGGAGCCUCAAGGUGCCAUGCUUGAUCUUCUUGGGGUUCGUGGUCCUCAUCCUACUGAACCUGGAGCAAAUGCUAGACAGCUAGCUAGAAUAAUUGCAUGUGCUGUCUUAGCAGGCGAAUUGUCUUUGUGCUCCGCACUUGCUGCUGGUCACCUGGUACAAAGCCACAUGGCUCACAAUCGUAAAACAAAUAAAACCAGUGAACAGCCACUACCAAGUGACAAAGGUCCUUCCCUAUAA